UCGGUCCAUUCUCCCAGAAAUUCAGCUUCAAUCCGUGCGACUCCAUGUUCACAAUUGACGGAAAUGACGCCACUCACGCUGCUAUGCCUACACGCAACACGCGCAAGCGAUCAACAUCUUCCUUGCGACUCGGAAAGUCGACAAUGAAUUUCGACCAGCUGUUGUCCGCGAUCGGCGGCUUCGGGAGAUACCAGAAGCUUUUGUAUGUAUGGAUAUGUAUACCGCAGAUCUUUCUCGCAUUCCACAUGAUGGCGAGCGUCUUCACAGGCGCCACGCCACCCCACCAUUGUCGGGGUUCACGUCCAUCUAACGGCGGCAACGUUUCAAACGUGAAUUUAAGCAUCUCUCUCUUGACUGGGCAUUCGGACUCGUGCACAGGUAUUUCUGUAGAAAACCAGAGUGCACAUUCAAGUUGUACAACAGGAUGGGUGUACAGCCACGAGGUGUUCGAAAGCACAACUGUCACAGAGUGGGAUCUGGUCUGUGACAAGGCAAGUCUGAACAGUUUGGGAUCAUCUAUUUAUAUGCUGGGGCUGCUUGUAGGGGCUGUUGUAUUUGGAGCUAUGGCAGACAGGUAUGGGAGAAGGUUUGCCAUGCUCUUGUCUUUAGCACUUCAGACAGUAUUUGGUGUGGCCGCUGCCUUUGCUCCAAACUUCCCUGUUUAUGUCACCCUGCGCUUCAUGAUAGGAACAACUGUCUCGGGAGUCAUAAUCAAUGCAUUUGUGCUUGGCACAGAAUGGACCUGCACACAGAGACGGAUGUUAGCCGGCAUCUUCACAGACUAUUUCUUUGGAUUCGGCUAUAUGCUGCUUGCAGGUGUUGCUUAUCUCAUCAGAGACUGGAGAAAGCUACAGCUUGCUAUCUCUGCACCAGGAUUUCUCUUUAUAUUCUAUAUCUGGGUUCUUCCACAUUCAGCCCGUUGGCUGUUGGUGAAUAACAGAGAAGAGGAAGCGAUUGUUCUUUUGCGUAAGGCGGCCAAUGUUAAUGGUCGCGUGUUACCUCCCACCGUUCAGGUGGACCGAAAUGAGAUCUCGCAAGAAAGGACUCAAUAUACUGCUGCUGACCUGGUUCGGACCCCACAGAUGAGAAAAAGAAGUCUCAUACUGUACUACAUCUGGUUUGUUAAUGUGUUGGUGUAUUAUGGGCUGUCUCUUGGUGUGUCUGACCUGGGGGUAGACCUUUACCUUACUCAGUUCAUGUUUGGAUUGAUAGAGGUACCCGCAAGGUCUCUGGUGUUGGUCCUGCUCCCCUACAGUCGGCGAAUCCCACUGAGUGUGUUCCUUGCUGUGGGAGGAGGGGCGUGUCUACUCACUCUCGCCAUUCCAGAAGACAGUUUUAAGGUACGGACUGCUCUAGCCAUGGUGGGGAAAUUUGGAAUUACAGCGUCUUUUGCCAUCAUCUACAUUUAUUCUGCAGAACUUAUCCCGACUGUUCUCAGGCAGACGGGUAUCGGCGUAGCUUCUAUGUUCGCACGCAUUGGAGGAGUUUUAGCUCCACUAAUAAACCUGCUUGGACGCAGUGCACCUGUUGUGCCUAUGCUGAUAUUUGGCUCCACCCCUCUGGUUGCUGCAGUGCUUGCACUAGGAUUGCCUGAGACUGCCAAUCAACCACUUCCAGACAGCAUUUUUGAUGUAGAGAGGUCUGAUCCUCAGAAACACGACGGACAAAUUCCAGUACAAACCAGCCAAUCACAAAGGAGCACAGAAGACCAAGAACUACUUAGAUUAGCAGAUGAGUCCAGAUCGAUAUAAAUUAUCUUACAACACUUUGCAGCCUUAUAUUCAAAUAUUUCUACAUUUUACAUCAGCAUUUUCAUAAAUGGGGAAACUUAAAGUGAAUGAGAUUUGAGUUUUGAUACAAAAACUCAUUUGUGUGACUUUCACAGAUAUUUGCACGUUUUCUAAAUAUGUUUGCCUGUAGGCUCUAGAUUUUACUUGUGUACAGACAUUUAAAAAAUGUUUUUUGGGAUGAUCUAUUGAUGAAAAUGCAAUAUAAUAUACAUAGCUAUGCCUUCAGAGGUGUAUAAAGAGCUUACACAAAUAAGUGUUUUAUUUUAAUUACCUUAGAAUGAGCUAUUUCUAUCUACAUAUUCCGUGGAGGGGUGGAGUGAACGGGUGGUUGCAAUUCUUAACCUUGCCGCUAGAUUUCAAUGACUGAAAAAGCAGCGAGAAAUGGGAAACUUAGAAAAUAGUUUUAGAAGAUGCUGUAUAUUGCGACACACUGCAGUGGUAUAUAGAAGUGGCGUUCUACCGUAUUUGAAUGUUAUAAAAACUUAUGCAAGUAUAAUAUCAAAUACAGUGUUACAUCAAUUCUAUAUACCAUUGCGAUGUGCCGCAGUGUUCCUGAGAUACGCUACUCUCUAUACACAUCUCAGCCGAACAGAGAUUUAAAUUCACAUACAUAUGCAGACAAACUUUAUAGGUCUUCCUAUUAACCAAAUGCAAAACCAGCAGAAGUAUAUCAGUAAGUCUCAGUAAUUUUGGCUGAGUUGACAGGCAGUUACCUACAGCUAACCACAUCAAUUAUUAUACUAAUAUCACUCUACUAUAAUUCAAUAUUAUAUGUACUGUAUUUGUCACAGAUCCAGGUUUUGAAUGAUUUACCCACUCCAAUGUGUUUAUUUCAUAUUACAAGAGGGAAUGUGCCCUGCAGUGUACUUGAAUGAUGCAGUGUACAGUGUUCAAGGUUGUGUAGCUAUUGUAUACGCAGAACAUUUGAAGUGUUGUUUAGAAAUGUGAAAUUUAAUAAGAUGCCAAUUUUCUUAGUACUACACAGAGUGAAUGCAUAGUAUUUUAUGGACGUUAGAAUGGGGUUUUGAAUCUAUGAUACUUACCUUACUACCCAUACUAAGCAAUAG